UCCGGCGUUUUCCGAUCACUUCCACGAGUUGAUAGAACGGGAAAAACCCUGCUUCUCCCAAGUGAAAAUCCAGAAUUGUUGGGUUGCAUUUGGAAAAGAUCUGAUUUUUUGAGAGAUCCGACUACCGUAAGAAGACAUCGAUUUAUCUGGGAAAAGAUAAAUUUGGUUUAUCACUCUAGUUUUCUGGACGAGGAAGGAAUAACUAAAGCUUGUGGGUGCCCCCUACUCCCUCUAAAGAGCCAUAUAAAGGAUCCUGCUCCAGCUUCUGAUCAAGAUAGUACCGAUAUUGUUGAUGAAGCCAUCACAUUCUUUCGUGCCAAUGUCUUCUUCCGAAACUUUGAUAUUAAGAGCUCAGCGGAUAAGCUCCUCAUCUAUUUGACACUGUACAUUAAUGUGGCUUUGAAUAGGCUCGAAGGUUGCAGAACUUUGGCUGAAGGAACGAAGGCGAUAAUCAACUUGGGUCUGGAAAAAGUUCAAGUUCCCGAAGAGUCUGGUUUUCCUUUUCCAGGCCUUUUCCCCCUUGCUCAGUAUCAGCAGGAAUCAGAACUGCUGAGGACUUAUCUGAAGCAGAUAAGGGAGGAAACAAGUGGGAGACUAUUAAGUGUUGCAUAUAGACCCAAUGGAACUCCAAAUAAAUGGUGGCUGGCUUUUGCGAAAAGGAAAUUUAUGAAUGUCAUUGCGCCUUGAAUAGUUAGUUUCAUGUGAAGACUACCCCAUCUAGUGAAUGCAAUAUUAUUAGUUGUGAACAAUGCCCGUGCGGUUGAUCUGUAAUACUAAUAUUCUUCUGAAGAGCAAAUCAGGGAGCAUCUUGCUUCUUGUAAGUGAGUAUAAAGUAAGAGCCAAGUUACUCACAAUGAUAUCAUUGAAUGAAUUAGUUGAACUAGGGUGUGCUGCACCCUUUUGCAAAUUGUGCAAUAUCUCACUUUAUGUAAAUGACCAAUUUUUCUCCGAUGAAAGUUUACAGUCUUCUUUUCGUUUUGACU